AUGGUGGAGGAUGUUUAUCGGCAAGGACUAACUGCUAUCCGAAAGGCAUCUCAAAUACUACGCUCUCAUUUUCUUCCACAAGCCGAAGGAGUACAAGAGCCUAGGAAGUCCGAGGCUCCAAAGGGACGACCUCCUAGGAGGAAUAAUGCGCGAGAUCCUUCUUGGUGUGAGCAUGAGAGGGGACGCUCGGCAAAGAAAAGCAUAACAAGUCGGGAUCCGAGGACAUAG